UUUCGCUCGAAACGGACGUGCGGGUUCGAUCUGGAAGCGAGCGAGUGCCAAACAAAAUAAUUCAAUAAAUAAAUUCACACAUAAUACAAAUAAUUAUCCAAAUGCGAUAAAUAAAACAAAGAAAACAAAACUAAAACGUUCGAAAGCAGACAACGCUGCGUAUGCGUGAUUCGAUUCUAUGAAAAAGAGGCACAAAAAAACAAACGUCACACACAUCAAAAUGUACAAGAGAAAGGCCUGAACCUAAAGAAGCAACGUUUGCUUGCAGAAACAAUAAUUAUUAUUAAAUAGAUAAAAUUCUAUCCAAGGAAAGUUAACAUCAAAGGUCGUGUGAACAGCGUCAGCAGCUUAAUUAAUUUAAUACCCAUCCACCCACACAUCCACCCAUACCCCACUUUGUCCGGCCUUCCACAAAACGUCAAAAUUGCGCCAGUUCGGGUUCACGCCGCACCUAGUCCCUUGGCAGAGUCCCAGCCCCCUGCCAAUCAACACCAACGCCAGACGACAGACACGGCCACAGUGGGUCACAGUGCCGGAUCAACGGUAUCGCGGCGCCGGAGUGGGUCGGGGGGUGUCCGGGUGCCGAGUGUCCACAAGAAGCGCAAGAACAUUUGGCCCUUCAAGAUGCGGAUGAAGGUGAGCAAGCGGCUGUGGCCGCACCGCCAGGCCUCCACCAAGAGCGACAAGUUCCCACAGCCAAACGAAGUAACAGAAGGUGCCUUACAAGUCUGGCGUACCCUGCCCGAGCGCAUUCGUCAGGAUCCCAGUCUAGCCUCAUUUCGCCAGGAGCACGAGCGUUUACAUGGCGAUGGCGAUCCUCUGCCUCCAGAGGAGGUCGGAACUGCAGGCGUGCCAGGCGAACAGCUCGAGAACGGACCCCACGAGGAGACGACACUGGACACCCAUGCCUUUACGCAGAUCGGCAUCAAUGUGACGAACGAGGCGGGUCAGGUGCGAGUCAUUGACGGCAGGGACCUGGAGAACAAUAAUGAAGAUCAGCACGAUGACGUGGAAACGCAUGGCAAGAGCACGUUCGUCAAGUAUUUGAUCUGGUUCAAAAUAGCUGUGCUCCUGGUGGUCUGGUGUGUCUUCACCGCCUUCCUUAUGUCCAACAACGAGCAUGUGGACCAGCUGAGCCUGAUAAGUGUUCCUAGAAAUGGCUCACCCAGAGUCUUUCCCAUUACGACAUCCACUCUGCAGCGAAUUGGCCUGGGUCUACGCGGCCCCUUCCGUCUGCAGGAGAACGAGCUGACCAUCAACGAGAGUGUGCCACUGCCCCUGCUCCAGGUGCAGGUGAUGCGCAGCUACUUCGAUGCCGAAGGAAUGGAGGUGUACAUCGAGAACGCCAGCCAGCUGUGGCAGCUGGACGUGGUCUAUCCGGACCUCAUCGACGCCACCGUAGACACCAAGAAGCAACGCACCUUCGAGCUCAAUCCCACAGAUCCCUUGUGGCUGGCCCAGUCCAACAGGACAGAGCUCAGCUUUGAGUUUGUUAGCAGCAUCGAGGGCGAGCUGCCGCUGCAGUUGAACGUGGACGAGUCGCCAAUCUACAAGCGGGACGGUGUGAUCUAUGCGGCGGCUGUGCUCUGCGGUCUCUACAUCAUGAUUAUCUGGGAGAUUGUGAACCGAACGUUUGCCGCCAUCAUCGCCUCCACGCUAUCGGUGGGUAUACUGGCGGCCCUCAAUUCGCGUCCCUCCAUGGCCACCAUCAUGGGCUGGAUCGAUGUGGAGACGCUUCUAUUGCUCUUCGGUAUGAUGAUCCUCGUGGCCAUUCUCUCCGAGACGGGUGUCUUUGACUACCUGGCCGUGUACGCCUACAAGAUCACCAACGGACAUGUGUGGCCCCUAAUCAACUGUCUUUGCCUGUUCACCGCCGUGCUCUCCUCGUUUCUGGACAACGUGACUACAGUGCUGCUGAUGACUCCGGUCACGAUACGACUCUGCGAAGUGAUGUGCCUCAAUCCGGUGCCCAUUCUGAUGUGCAUGGUCAUCUACUCGAACAUUGGCGGUGCUCUAACACCUGUUGGGGAUCCGCCAAAUGUCAUCAUCGCCUCCAAUAGCUACAUAUCCAAGAAUGGCGUCAAUUUCGCUGUCUUCACGCUCCACAUGCUGCCCGGCGUGCUCCUGGUGAUGGUGCAGACCUACAUACAGUUGCGUUUCAAGUUCCGCAACAUCAGCGACCUGCAGUUUAAGGACUCACCGGAGGUGGAGGAACUGCGCCACGAGAUACACGUGUGGAAGCGAGCCGCCGCCAGUCUGUCGGCCUACUCCAAGGACGAGGAGCUAGUGCGACAAACCCUAAUGAAGAAGGUCAACCGCUUGAAGAGGAGCCUGAAGAAACGAAUGACGGCUGUGAUUGAGCCGGCUCCCAACUAUCAGCAAACACUGGCCAAUCUCCAGGCAAAGUAUCCCAUUCGCAACAAGCAACUGCUUGUCAAGUGCUCCCUUGCCCUGCUCUUUGUGAUCAGUUUGUUCUUUCUGCAUUCGGUGCCCGAGCUGCAGAGGCUGUCCCUGGGCUGGACGGCUCUGCUGGGUGCCAUUUUCCUCAUCAUCCUUGCCGAUAUCGAGGACAUGGAGGCCAUACUGGCACGCGUCGAAUGGUCAACACUUCUGUUCUUUGCGGCUCUAUUCAUCCUCAUGGAGGCAUUGACGGAGCUGGGUCUAAUCGAAUGGAUCGGCAAUAUGACAGAGGGCAUUAUUCUGGGCGUAGGCGAAGAUCGGCGCUUGAUGGUGGCCAUCCUGAUCAUUCUUUGGGUUUCUGCGGUGGCUUCGGCGUUUGUGGAUAACAUACCAUUGACCACGAUGAUGGUCAAGAUCACCAUAUCAUUGGCGCAGAACAGCACCUUGAAUCUGCCCCUGCAGCCUCUAGUUUGGGCCCUGGCCUUGGGCGCCUGCUUGGGAGGCAAUGGCACUCUGAUUGGAGCUUCGGCCAAUGUUGUUUGUGCUGGUGUGGCCGAGCAGCAUGGCUAUAAGUUCACCUUCCUGCAGUUCUUCAAAGUGGGUUUUCCUAUCAUGAUUGGAAGCAUUAUUGUGGCCACGGGCUAUCUGCUGGUCUCGCAUUCGCUGUUUGCGUGGCAUUGAUGAUGGGCAGCACUGGGCAGCCCUUAUGGGCAGCGUGGAUGGGAAUUGACUGUGUCGAUUUCGGAACAAGGCGCACUUUACCUCGUUACCUAUGAAACUGUACCACAUAUGCGACGCACGUCGUGUUCAACAGCUGCAGAUCGAGGGAAAAACAACACCAUUCAGACCCGAAACAGCACGACCCGAAAGCUAGAGAAAGGAAUUUCAAUAUCUUAUAGCCUGUCUAUAUAAGAGAGUGUUUAUAAAUUUAAACAGAUUCUAAAAGGAAACCGCAACCGCAACCAAACCAAAUCCACACAGAGACAGAAACGAAGAAUAUUAUAUACAUAAAUAUACAUUUAUUUUUACACAUCGUUGUUAGUGUAGUGCGUAGUCUAAAUAACAAAACAAAACCAACAACAAACCAACCAAAAAUAUAAGAAAUACAAAUUAAAUAAAACUAAAUUAAUUAUUUACAAUUAAUAAUGUCGCUGAACUGUGAAACAAUUUGUUAAAUGUUAAAUGUAUAUGGAUACGAAUCAAAUAAAACCAAAACGCAAAAUACUA